CUGCCCAGCUAUGGCUCCUGGGGCUCCCUCUUCCAGCCCCAGUCCUAUCCUGGCUGCGCUACUCUUCUCCUCUUUGGUGCUCUCCCCAGCCCAGGCCAUUGUGGUUUACACGGACAAGGAGGUCCACGGUGCUGUGGGCUCCCGGGUGACCCUGCACUGCUCUUUCUGGUCCAGUGAGUGGGUCUCAGAUGACAUCUCCUUCACCUGGCGCUACCAGCCUGAAGGCGGCCGUGACGCCAUCUCGAUCUUCCACUAUGCCAAGGGACAACCCUACAUCGAUGAGGUGGGGACCUUCAAAGAGCGCAUCCAGUGGGUAGGGGACCCUCUCUGGAAGGAUGGCUCCAUUGUCAUACACAACCUGGACUAUAGUGACAACGGCACUUUCACCUGUGACGUCAAAAACCCACCAGACAUAGUGGGCAAGACCUCUCAGGUCACGCUCUAUGUCUUUGAAAAAGUGCCUACUAGGUACGGGGUAGUGCUGGGAGCCGUGAUCGGGGGUGUCUUGGGGGUGGUGCUAUUGGUGCUGCUGCUUUUCUACCUGAUUCGGUACUGCUGGCUACGAAGGCAGGCGGCCCUGCAGAGGAGACUGAGUGCCAUGGAGAAGGGGAAAUUGCACAAGGCUGCGAAGGACUCGUCGAAGCGCGCCCGGCAGACGCCAGUGCUGUACGCCAUGCUGGACCACAGCAGAAGCACCAAAGCUGCCAGUGAGAAGAAGGCUAAAGGGUUGGGGGAGUCUCGCAAGGAUAAGAAAUAGCGGUUAGCGGGCCGGGCGGGGGGUAGGGGGCCAGGGGCGGAGCCUCCCAAAGGCUCUCAGGUGGUGGUCAUCGAGAUGGAGCUACGAAAGGACGAGCAGAGCUCGGAGCUCCGGCCUGCUGUCAAGUCCCCCAGCAGAACCAGCCUCAAGAAUGCCCUCAAGAACAUGAUGGGCCUGGACUCAGAAAAGUGAUCACCCCCCCCCCAAGGCCCUGCCAGAGCAGGGGGACCUAGGCUCCUCUAUCCCCCGUCUAGGUGCUUUCCUCCUUAGCUCCCCAGCCCUGCCCUGCCCUCACCUCCAUUUGAGAUGUAAGUUUCAUUCCAAAGUUCAUUCCCCAGGCACUUCAUAUUCCCCCCACCUUCACCCCCUGGCUUUCUGGAAGCCCAGGGCCCCAUCCUACCCUUCACCUGCCCCAAGGACUGUGUGUUUGGUGCCUGUUCCUCUGGCACCGAGAAGAAAGGGACCUUGCUAGCCCCUGCCUCAACUCCAGGCCACCUGAUAUUCCCAUUCCCUGCACCACCUAGCCUGUCCCUCUGGCUCUUUUCUCUCUUACCCUUCCUCCCCUCCAUCAGGUGGCCCAGCUCCAGACUCUGCCCUCCCAGCUAACACCCAGGUCACCCAGAUCAGACUCUCCUUCAGGGUUUAUUUAGAUUGUUAGUUAUUUUUUAUUUUUUAAUCCAUUCUUGUUUGUUUGUUUGUUUAUCUGUGCCUAUGCUCUACCGUCCCCCCAUGACUGAGUACCAAUGACGUCAUGUGGCUGUGGCAAU